UCAAUGAAAAAACAGAUAUGAGCAUUGAAACAUCUUUCAUCAAGCAGGACAUUUUUAAUAGUGCUCAGUUCCUAAAAAUCCUUCCUGUUUUAGUAUUAAGAAUUUAACCAGGUCACAUUAUUUUGUGACAACAGAAACCCAGAAGGUCUGAGAAAGCACCAUAUUCCUUGGAGAGAAAGCUGAACAAAAAGGCCAGCAAAGGGCCAAUGAAAGGAGAGGAUACUUGCAUGCAAGAGAGAAAUGAGCUCCCUGCAAAGACACUAGAGUGCUAAACCCGGCAAGUCUCCAGGGGAUCAUAACUCUACGGCUUACCUUAAUGAAUAUACUGAAAUAUUCAAGAUGCAUAACAACAGUAUUAGCAAUGCUACCACUGGAACUGACUGCAAUGUCACUAAUUUGACAUUUCAGUACACCCUCUAUGCAACCACCUACAUCCUCAUAUUCAUCCCUGGUCUUCUGGCCAACAGUGCAGCCUUGUGGGUUCUGUGCCGCUUCAUCAGCAAGAAAAAUAAAGCCAUCAUUUUCAUGAUCAACCUCUCUGUAGCUGACCUUGCUCAUGUGCUCUCCUUACCCCUCCGGAUUUACUACUACAUCAGCCACCAGUGGCCUUUCCAGAGGACCCUUUGCCUGCUGUGCUUCUACCUGAAGUAUCUCAACAUGUAUGCCAGCAUUUGCUUCCUGACCUGUAUCAGCCUUCAGAGGUGCUUCUUUCUCCUCAAACCCUUCAGGGCCAGAGACUGGAAGCGUAGGUACGACGUGGGCAUCAGUGCUGCCAUCUGGGUUAUUGUGGGCACUGCCUGUUUACCAUUUCCCAUCCUGAGAAGCACAGACUUAGCCAACAACACUGUAUUCUGCUUUGCUGAUCUUGGAUACAAAAAAAUGAAUGCAGUGGCUUUAGUUGGGAUGAUUACAGUUGCUGAGCUGGCCGGAUUUGUGAUCCCAGUCGUCAUCAUCGCAUGGUGUACCUGGAAAACUACCAUAUCCUUGAGACAGCCACCAAUGGCUUUCCAGGGAAUCAGUGAGAGGCAGAAAGCAUUGCGGAUGGUUUUCAUGUGUGCUGCAGUCUUCUUCAUAUGCUUCACUCCCUAUCAUAUUAACUUUAUUUUUUACACCAUGGUAAAGGAAACCAUAAUUAGCAGUUGUGCCAUUGUCAAAAGCACACAGUAUUUUCACCCUUUUUGUCUAUGCCUUGCAAGUCUUUGCUGCCUUUUGGAUCCAAUUCUCUAUUAUUUCAUGGCCUCAGAGUUUCGUGAUCAACUCUCCCGCCAUGGCAGCUCUGUGACCCGUUCCCGCCUCAUGAGCAGGGAGAGUGGUUCAUCAAUGAUUGGCUAAAAAUAAAAUAACUUUUCAAUUACGACUUUGUUUAACUAUAUCUUCUGUUUUGUUUGUUUGUAUGUUUUCCCCAAAGACCAGCCUAACAAUUUCUUUAAAUGAAC